CGGUUAGUUACCAGGCUACUUUAAGGUUUACAUGACUUAUGUGCCAACGCACUUUAGCAUUAACACAGCUAACCACAAACGUAUUAUUUUAAGUGAUGGCUUUUGGUCAUUUUGUUUGGACUGCACUUGCUAAGAUAGCUAGCUUACGUUCAAGCUGAGGAACGGCGUUGUCACCCUUCAGAGCAAGAAACAAACGGACGGAGACGUCGUUGCCUGUCGUUCCACCUCAUAUACCUCAGAAAGGACUUUACAGAUUCACUCUGCGUCCGAUAAAAGAUGGGUUCCUCUAAGAAACACAAGGAAAAGAGCCGCGACAAGGACGCAGAGGAGCGCCGCCGUGAACACAAGAAACAUCGCCACAAGGAGCGCGACAGAGACGCUUCAGACCGAGACAAGGAGAAAAGAAAGCGCUCCAGGUCCAGGGAGCGAAGCAGACGGGAGAGCCGUGGCAAGGGUGAAAGGAGCAGCGGUGAGCCGCGAGUGAAAAAGGAGAAAGUAGAUGUGGGAUAUGAGGAAAGCAGUAUCGAAGUGCAGCCUCAGUCUGCAAGCGGCGAUGCAUCUCUCAGCAUCGAGGAAACAAACAAACUCAGGGCGAAGUUGGGUCUGAAGCCUCUGGAAAUGAAUGAGAAUAAAAAGGAGCUUGGGACCAAAGAGGAGCCGAUGGUUGCCGAGACCAUCAAUCCCGUGCUCAUACAGCAGCAGAAAGAGAUGAGAGAGAAGCUUGCGGCUAUGAAAGAAAAACGCAUACUAAACCAGAAAUUGGGAAAAGUCAAAAGCCUAGCUGAGGAUGACUGGCUGGAUGACACAGCUGCCUGGGUGGAAAGAAGCAGAAAACUGGCAAAAGAAAAAGAAAUGGCAGAGAAAAGAGCCAAACUUCUGGAAGAGAUGGAUGAAGAGUUUGGUGUCAGCAGUCUGGUAGAGGAGGAAUUUGCACAGAUCAAACAGGAUGCAUAUACAUCUCGAGAUUUAAAGGGACUCAAAGUGCAGCACAAGGUGGAAUCUUUCACUGAGGGCCAGACUGUCAUCCUGACCCUAGAAGACAAAGGUGUGCUGGAGGUGGAGGAAGAUGUGCUUGUAAACGUAGGACUAGUGGACAAAGAAAAAGCAGAAAAGAACGUGGAGUUAAAAAAGAAAAAGCCCGACUACAAACCUUAUGAAGAAGAGGAGAGCGUUGACGACAUGGUUUCGUUUAAGCCUCGCUCUGUACUCUCAAAGUAUGAUGAGGAGAUUGAGGGCGAGAAGAAAAAGAGUUUUAGAUUGAAUACAGGGGGUUUUGCUGAUGGAGAGCGAGAGCGGGAGCUCCAAGCCAUGAAAGAAAUGCUGCGAAAUCAGGCCCAGUCCUUGGAAAUGCCUGCGCUCACCAUCGCCUCUGAGUAUUACACACCUCAGGAAAUGGUGAGCUUUAAAAAGACAAAACGCAGAGUGAAAAAGAUCAGAAAAAAGGAGAAGACAUUAGUUGCAGAUGAACUUGUCCUUGAUGACACCCGCAGCUCCGACUUUGGCUCCAGAGCACGCGGUCGAGGCCGCAAACAGGAAGAAGAGGAAGACCAAGAACAUCAAGAGGAGAAGGUGGUGACACAUAACAUCCCCCUGCUUUCUGAUGACAUCAGGACCGCAGAAAUGGACAUAAGUGACGAUGAAGAAUUUAUCCCUCCUGAGCCAGUUGCAAUUGAGGAGGAUGAGGCAGAGCAGGAGCUGCAGAAGCAGCUGGAGAAGCAGAGGAAACUGAAGCAAAUGCAGCUUCUCAAAGACUCUGGGGAGAAGGUGGCAGAGCAGGUUAAAAAACUUGUUAAAGAUGACAGUGAUGAUGCUGAUAAAAAGAACAACAUUGUUUUCAACGCCACUUCUGAGUUUUGCAGAACCCUGGGUGAUAUUCCAACUUAUGGACUGUCAGGCAACAGAGAGGACCAAGAAGACAUUAUGGACUUCGAACAGGAGGAAGAGAAAGAUGAUGCCGGAGGUUCGGAUUCCGAAAUGGAUGAGAAUAUUGGCUGGAGCACAGUUAACCUGGAUGAGGAACAAAAACAACCAGAUUUCUCCACAGCCUCUGCCACCAUUCUGGACGAGGAGCCCAUUGUCAACUCUGGCCUUGCUGCUGCCCUGUUGCUGUGCAAAAACAAAGGUCUGUUGGACACUCAAGUGCAGAAGGUAGCACGUGUCAAAGCACCCAAGGGCGUCCUGCCUAAUGGUGACUACUGCAUUGAGGACAAGAUGGGCUUUGAUGACAAGUACAGUCGCAGAGAAGAGUACAGAGGCUUCACACAAGACUUCAAGGAGAAGGAUGGCUACAAGCCUGAUGUCAAGAUUGAGUACGUGGACGAGUCUGGACGGAAACUCACUCCAAAAGAAGCUUUCAGGCAGCUUUCCCAUCGAUUCCAUGGAAAAGGGUCUGGAAAAAUGAAGACGGAGAGGAGGAUGAAAAAGCUGGAGGAAGAGGCGUUGCUGAAGAAGAUGAGCAGCAGUGAUACCCCGCUGGGAACUGUGGCUUUACUGCAAGAGAAACAGAAAUCCCAGAAAACGCCAUAUAUUGUACUUAGUGGGAGCGGAAAGAGCAUGAAUGCAAACACCAUUACUAAAUAAGUACAAGGGAGAUGUGUGAUAUAAUUUACAUAGAAACAUUCACGUGCAUAGAUAAACGUACACACCUUUUAAUUAAUCUCUACAAUUUAAAGCCCUAGUUUAUAGGAACUGCAUUGUUGUGUUGAAGAAUUGUUCAAUAAAAUCAAUACAAUUCAGAAAA